UGUAAAUGUGGCUUACCAUUGCAACUUUCACACACAAUUUCUGUACUGACACAUGGUUUAGCUUCUUUGUUAAAGGUCUGUUGCAGCAAUACAAAGUGUAAUCAUAUUAACCAUGUAAAAACGGGGAAAAAACAUGGAAAAGUGUGGGAUGUAAAUACAAAACUAUCAGCAGCAAUGGUACAUGUUGGCAUUGGUGUAACUCAAGUUAACAGUCUCCUUUCUGAGCUGAAUAUACCACCUGUUAGUCAUGCCAUGCUAGACAAUAGACAGAAAGAGAUCGGCAGAGCUGUCCAAGAUGUUGCUGCAGAGUCUAUGUCUAAUGCUUUGCAGAAGGAACUGGGAAUGAUGAAUGAAGAGAUGAAUGAAAAGGGACUAGUUGUUGCUGUAGAUGCUGGAUGGCAAAAACGGGGAAGUGGAAAGACAUAUGAUAGUUUGUCAGGUCAUUGUUCCAUGGUUGGCCCUCUCUCUGGCAAAGUAUUGUCAUAUUCUGUGAGGUCAAAGAAUUGCAGAGUAUGCAGUGUAGCUGAAACAACCAACAAGAAUCCAGCAGCCCAUGAGUGCUCAAAGAACUGGGAGGGAAGUUCAAAGGCCAUGGAGGCAGAUAUGGUUAUUGAGAUGGUAGAAGAUUUACAGAAAAGUAAAGGAAUAACCAUUGACGGAAUCAUAGGAGAUGAGGAUACCACCACAAUAGCAAGAUUAAAAACUAAUGUCAAUGCUAAUAUCAAGAAGUUGUCUGAUAAAAAUCAUCUGAAGAAACUGUUUACAAACUCUUUGUUUACCUUGAAGAAAGAACAUUCAUCUCUAACUUUGUCUGUUAUAAAGUAUAUUCAAAAGUGCUUCAGUUACUCCAUAGCACAGGGAAAAGGAAAUGCUCUUCAAAUCCAAGAAGACCUCUCAUCAAUACCAUACCACAUCUUUGGAGAUCACAAACACUGCUCCGCACGGUGGUGCAAGUUCAUCAACAACCCUAACCUGCGCUACAAGUCUCUUCCACAUGGAAAACCGCUCAAAGAUAGGUUCCUUCAGGAUGAUCUCAAAGAAGUUUUCAGUUCAUAUGCAAGUCAUUCUGAUCGUCUUUCAUGUUUAGGAAGCACGCAAUCAAAUGAGAGUUUUAACAGAAUGGUGUUUGCAAAAGCCCCAAAGACCCAUCAUUACAGCUCCUCUUCAAGCCUCAGAUAUAGAGUUGCUGCGUGUGUAGCUCAGAAAAAUGAAGGUCACAGAUAUCUUAUAAAGGUGAACAAGAAAUUAGGCCUCUCUCCUGGCUACUAUACUCGAAGACAGUGCAUUCUGAGGGAUCUCCAAAGAAAACGACAGAAGGCCAUUUCAAUGACACAGAAAUUUAAAAGGAGAAGGAGAGAAUUGAAAGCCAAGAGAAUUCAAAGUCUUUCUACAAAAGAGACAAGGGAAGGCGUCAGUUAUUUGACAGGAUGUGAUCUCCACCAUGCCUCGGACAUUGAUGAAAUUCCAGCUCCAAAAACAAUUCCAAAGUAUGAUCAUCUUCCUUCAAGUCAGUUGUUAAAUGCUGAAGAGAUCUAUUUCGACUUGGAAACUACUGGACUCGCAAGGGAUUCUCAUAUUGUGCAGUUAUCUGCAGUUAGAAAUGAUGAGGUAUUCAACAAGUACAUCAUUCCAAAAAAACCAAUGACAUCAAAAGCUACAGAAAUAACUGGAAUACAAGUAGUCAACAAUAAAAUGUACCACAAUCAUGAGGAAGUUGAGACAGUCAGCAUUAAAGAUGCUCUGAUCCAGUUUAUGGACUUCAUGAAGAUGUCGGGUCCAGAUGUUGUUCUAGUUGGGCAUAACUCUAAAGUGUUUGACCUUCCUGUGCUCUUCAACAUUUUGAGUAAACUAAACAUUUUGGAGACAUUUUCAUCUGCAGUCACUGGCUUCAUUGAUACAAUUCCUCUUUUCAAAAUGUCACAUCCAAACCUUUCGUCAUACUCGCAGUUACACCUCUUUGCAGAAAUUCUACAAGACAAAUACAGUGCGCAUGACUCAUUACAGGAUGUCAUAGCCUUGAAGAGAUUGGUCGAUCAUACAGGACCCUCCCAUGAAGUCAAAGUUGCUGCAUCCUUCACCUUGAACUCUGCCGUUGCCGUGUUUCAUCACAAGAACACAACAAAGCAUCUAAUGAGUACACUAAGGCCUUUAUUGGACCAAAAGGUAAUUUCGAAUGGAAUGGGAAAUAAGAUUGCCGGCAGUGGACUCUCCUUAUCCCACUUACAACUUGCAUAUCAGAGAAAUGGUAGGGAGGGAGUGCAGGAUGUGCUGUCAGAGAUAGCUGAUAAUAGUGUGCGUGUGACAAAAUCUAAAAAAAUCAUUGAUUCUGUUGCAGAUUAUUUCAGGUCUGAGCAGUAAUGCAGUUAUUUGUUUGUGAAUGUAUGAUGUUCUUUGUAUGUUAUUGUUUGUUUGUUUGUUUUACGUCCCUUUGAGAAUUUUUCACUCAAAUUGGAACCCCACGAGUUGUUGAUGUCAGGAUGCAAAUAUAGACCUGUACUCUGCUCUUGAGACUAUUUGAACUAGUGAGGGUUUUUUUUACGUCCCUUUGAAAAUUUUUCACUCAUGUUUGGA